AUGGCCCACAUUCAUCCCCUGUCGUGUUCCUGCACCAAAUCAGAAUUGGAUCUGUUUGAGGUACCGCCAACUCAGACGACCAUAACGGACGGUAGAUGGGUAGAGUAUCAUCCGGUGGCCAGUCGACGUCUCGCCGAGUCUUCCCCGAUAGAAUUUGACAUUCCUGGAGCGGGGGAAGAGUUUACGGACCUUUCCCAGACGAAAUUGUACGUGAAAGCCAAGAUCGUUCUUCCUAACGGUAACGACCUGCCGGACAACGCCAAGGUAGGCCCGGUAAACCUGUUUCUUCAAUCGCUCUUCUCGCAAGUCACGGUUACGGUCGCUGGCAAGGACAUAACGGAUUCCACUAAUUGCUAUCCAUAUCGUGCUUACCUGGAGACGCUGCUAAACUUUGGGUCUGAAGCAAAGCAAUCGCAGCUGACAUCCGAACUUUUCUAUCAAGACACGCCGGGACGACUUCACUUGGUCGACCCCUACCCAACAGAUCAGGGCGCAGUGGCAAACGAGGGAUUGGUGAAGCAUGCCAACAUGACCCGCAACAGUCGCGAAGUGGACCUCAUAGGACCCCUACACGUCGAUCUGUUUCAUCAAGAUCGCUUUUUGCUCAGCAAAGUCGACGUUAAAAUCAAGCUGCACCGAUCGAAACAUCAAUUCUGUCUCAUGUCGCCUGGGGAUCAGUUCAAAAUUGUCAUCACGGAGGCCGCCGUCUUUAUGAGAAAAGUCAACCUGUUACCCACCUAUCAGCUGUCCAUCGAAAGUCAACUCAACAAGCAGACGGCCAAGUGUGCCCUUAAGAGAGUUCAGUUAAAACCUUUUACAAUUCCGCGUGGUAACCAUUCAGUGUCGAGCGACAAUCUGUUCCUGGGACAGGUCCCCAAACGCGUGGCGAUCGCUCUGGUGGACAACGCAGCAUUUCAGGGGUCGUUCGGUACCAACCCCUUUAACUUUCAACACUUUAACUUGAACUACAUCAGUCUCUGCGUCAAUGGGCAGGAGGUGCCUCACAAAGCGCUGACACCCAACUUUGCCGAGGGACAGUUCGUCAGAUCCUACAUGAACUUGUUUGGAACGACAGGCAAGCAAGGACAAGACAGCGGGAACCUGAUCGCGAGAAGCGACUACGACAAGGGCUUCACGGUGUGGUGUUACGAUCUAAGUCCUGACCUCUGCGGCCUCGGUGGGGACCAUUUUAACAUAAUCAGACAGGGAAACCUUCGCCUGGAGCCUCAUUUUGCACAGGCUUUAGAUCAAACGGUGGUGGCGGUGGUCCUCGCUGAGUUCGACAAUCUCCUGGAGAUUGACAGGCAGAGAAACAUCAGCUUUGACUACAGCAACUAGAGAUGGACACGAGACAGAUGUACGCCGUCUUACGGAGCGACAAGAACACGGCACCUCACCUCCGCGGAGUCUUUGCUUCAGAUCGGCUUCCGAGGCGUGUACCGGUCUACCCAAGCGCUUACGUCGUUAAUACUGACCCAAGCAAUAAGCCCGGGCAACAUUGGCUGGCUAUAUAUUUCGACGGGGAAGGACGGGGCGAAUUCUUUGAUUCUUAUGGCCGUGCCCCUAGUCUGUAUCCCCGCCCUAUACUAAGAUUAUUGCGGCGAAAUACGCGCCUUCCGUGGAUUCGUAACAAGCGCCAGAUACAAGCUAGACUGUCUACCACUUGUGGGCAGCACUGCCUGUUCUACCUCUUGCACAGAUGCAGAAAUAUUCCGAUGACUAGCAUAAUAGAUAUGUUUAGCAGUGACUUAGAACUGAACGAUGUAUCCGUAGCAGAGUUUAUAGAGCGGCAUUUUGAUAUAGACGCUCCCGUGGUCGACCUUGAGCUCGUCAUGCGACAGAUAGCGAGAACCCUAGAAGACUUUGAUCGAGCGUUUAACGAUUAACGUAUGCAUGGUUAAUCGUCUGCGUCGCUGCGUCCGCCUGUGGAGGUUUGGAGAGCCCGGCGUACGCGGGUAGUGUCCUCCAAUAUUGGAGAUCUUUCGGAUAAAUCACUGAGUCGUCCAUGGCUCGUCGGGUUCUUGGUCGUCAGCGAGGCGGCGGAGAUCCGUAGGUGCGCUAGAUCGCGGCGGGUCUGCCUUUAUGAGGACCUCUUGCCCUGCCCCAACCAAUUAGCGUGC